AGUGAGGACCAUGGGCACCCCGAGGGACGCCGCCUCAGGGGGACCCCGACUGCUGCUGCCCCUGCUUCUGCUGCUGCUGCUGACCCCGGCCACCGCCUGGGUCCUCAGCUACCAGCAGGCAGUGCAGCGGGCCGUGGAUGGCAUCAACAAGAACUUGGCUGACAACGAAAACCUCUUCCGCCUCCUCAGCCUGGACACGCAGCCCCCAGGGGACAACGACCCGUAUAGUCCGAAGCCAGUGAGCUUCACUAUAAAGGAGACCGUGUGUACCAAGAUGUUGCAAAGGCCUUUGGAGCAGUGUGACUUCAAGGAGAAUGGGCUGGUGCAGCGGUGCACAGGGACGGUUACCCUGGACUCGGCAUUCAACGUCUCCUCCCUCAGCUGUCUUGGGGGGCGGCGUUUCCGGCGCAUGGUGGGGCUGCGCAAGAAGUUUAGAAAAACACGGAAAAGGAUCCAGAAAUUAGGCCGGAAAAUCGGGAAAACUGGCCGGAAAGUCUGGAAAGCUUGGCGCGAGUACGGGCAGAUCCCGUAUCCGUGCAGGAUUUAGCAUCCAAAAUAAAGCAGGAAGGCAGCCAUGGUAGUGACGCCUGUGAUCUCAGCACUCAGGAGGCUGAUGCAGGAGCAUCCCUACGAGUUCAAGGGUAACCUGGACUACCUAGUGUGUUCUUGCCCCAAAAAGAUUUAAAAGUAGAGAAAUUAAAAAGAAAUAAAGCAUGAGUGAAGCUCCC